AUGGCUCCGUCAUCCAGUCAGAAAGGGACAGGGAAGAAGGCGGGCUCGGCCGCCAGCGCAAUCCGCUCGCACCAGCAGCAUUCACAGCAGCAGCGGAGCCGCAACACUACCCCUGGCCCUGCUGGCAUCCCGCCCACUUCUUCUACCUCUGUCUCGGUCUCUGUCGCCAGUUUACCCCCCAUCGAGACCGUCGAGACGGAAACGCUCGACCUACGCUUCGACACCUUCCGCAAUGUUACCUUUGAGGACCUGGUCGAUCCCGCCGCCGCCAGCGCCCUGAUUCCGGACUCGAAAAGUCUAGAUGGUAUCAUCUCUCGCCUGCAGCGGCUGGCCGAUAUUAUCGAGAAGCGGGGCGCCAACUGUGAUCGCGGAAUGAGACUGCUGGCGCAGACCCGCCGCCAGCGGCUGGAUGAGCUGGCGGUUGAGAGGGGUAGGGAAGAAGAAAGACGGCAGGCCGAGGCUGAUGAUGAGAAGAAGGCGAACAAGAAAAAGAGGAAGGCGGAUAGUUUGGCGCCGGGGGCUGUAAAUACAGAACGCUCCUCGCCAAACCGCGAAUCAACCAGCAAAGCCCGAAAAUUGGACCGCGACGACACCGCAAGCUCCUCGCUCUCCCCCGCUGCUGCAGGCACACCAAGCAACAUGGACGUCGACGACAAGGAUAAGGAGAAGGAUAAGGAUAAGACCAAGGCCGAGGCCGACAGCGACUCGGAUUCUGACGAUGGUGCCCCGCCGCCGCCGCCCCGGCCGCCGGCCAACGUCUUUGGCGACGACCCCUCGACCUUCCCCGACCCGACCGUCUACGAAAUUCGUCCAGUCUUACCAGGCAUGAGCGAAGAGGAAAUCAAGGAGAUAUACUCAGUAGCGAGCUACCCGAAGAGCGAUCUGGCCCAUCUCACCUGCGGUGAGCCUCCGGAUAGGGAUUUUAGUAACUCGAAGCCUACGAACCAGAUCAACUUCAGCACCUUCAGCUCCUACAUCGAGCCGUACUUCCGACCCUUCACCGAGGAAGAUCUCGCCUUCCUGAGGGAACGUGGCGACCGAGUGACCCCCUUCAUCAUGCCGAAGCGCGGGAAAAAGCACUACACGGAGAUCUGGGCUGAGGAAGACGGCGCCAUGGCCAUCGACUCGUCCCCGCCGGGAGGUCGUGAUAGGUUACCCCCUAACCAAGCCCGCGGCAGCAUAGACAAUAUGGACGACGAGGUCGCCGAAACAGAUAAGCUCUCCGUCGGUCCGCUCCUCACGCGCCUGCUGCAAGCCAUGCGGCCUGAGAACCGCGCCCCUACUGCCGAUGACAAGUCCGGCCCCAACGGCACUAGCGGCGACGGCGACGGCCCACAACAAUCCUUCGAUUUCAACGACAGCACCGCCGCCCCUAACCCAUCCCAAUCCCAACCCAACGGCGUCAACGGCGUGGCCGCCACCACAAACGGCGACUCCCAACAACAACAACAACAACAACAACACCAAUCCCUCCCGCCCGCAACCUUCAUGCCCGAAUCCAACACCGAAGCCUGGAAAAAAGCCACUCACCCCAAGCUAGACUAUAACCAAGUCGACGAGCGCAUCAAACAAGAACUUCGCCACAUCGGUUUCUUGCCCCUUCCCCCCUCUUCUGCCACCGAUCCCUCCAACUCCUCCGCAUCGGUUACCCCCGCCGCCCCGCCCCCGCCAGGCACAACCGCCACAACUGCCGAAUACGACGGACACUACGAUGAUGAGGUCGCCGCCCGCCUUCGGGUCCUUCAAGCCCGCUUGCGCGAACAAAUCCUGCUUAAUGGCGCCCGCAAAGCAAGGUUAACCGAGCUCGUCAAAGAACGCAUGGCCUACCAAGAGUACCAAACCAUCCUGGAGGACCUCGACGCGCAGGUCAACGCAGCUUACCUCAAGCGGACGCGCACCAUGGGUAAGAAGCCGAAGAAGAACCGGCCGGGGCAGCACAGUUCUGGAUCUGCUGCCGCAGCAGCGGCUGCCGCGGCGGGGAUGGCUAGGCCGGGGAUUGGGGAUUUGGCGAGGACAUUGAUGGAUAGAAGGAGGCGGUGGAUUGAGCAGAUUGGGGCUGUGUUUGAUGAUGAGGGCAUUACGAAGUGUCCGAGGGUGGAGGAUGGGGAUACGAGUAUUUUCGGGAGGGAGAUUAUGGCCGAGUUGAUUAAGCGGGAGAAGGAGGCUUGGGAUGAGGAGGUUGAGGAGGAGUAA